AUGAAAAUGGUGUCUUCCUCCGGCAAAUGGUCUGCUACUGAGGACAAUUCCUUGAUGCUCCAGAUGAUCCACCUCGGCCAUUCUGGCAAACCCAUCAAUGCUGAUAGUGUUCACAUUGGUGGCCGUACCCACGCAGCCAAGAAGCACUGUAUUAGAGACAUGAAGAAGCUUGCUGCUGCCGAGUUCGCCAAAGCUUCCGUUACUGGUGGUCAAGCUGCUUCCCAGUCCGCUUCUUAUCCCGCCACUCCGUCCAAGGCUACCAAGGCUGCGGCUCCCCGUGUGAAGACACCGAAGGCCCCCACUCCGUCUAAAGGAAAGCCAUACAAGUCGCCAGCCUCGAAGAAACGCAAGGUGGUGGAGGAAUCCGAUGAGGAGUCUGAAGCAUUCUCUGUUGCCGAUGACAAUGACGACACAGAGGCCACCACCGAGAUUGCAGAUGACCCGGACGAUGAAUAA